GUAUCUUAUUAGUUGUCCUAUUCCUUCCCUAUCUCAUCCCUCACAAUCUCCCAAACUCAUAUCCCCUUUCAUAGUCAUCACCAUGGCUCUACUUUCCCUUCCCCCAGAGAUCCUUGACAAAAUAUGCCAGUUAUUUUGCAGCCACUGUCAAACCGAGUCUUUAUCCCACUUCCCCCACAAACAAGCCCUCGUCACACCUUGCCCAAGUCAAAUCUGGGAACAUGAUUCUGAAGGAGUCAAAGCUCUCGUCAACCUCUCUGAGACAUGUCAAGCGCUGAACACCUUCGCCCUCUCCCAUCUCUACCACCGCGUCAGUUCCAAGAGCGGUGUCAUCGAUCACUUGAGAUUUCCCGUCUACAGCCCAGACUACCGCACCGAUGCCCUCAAAAAUGUGCGCAGUCUCAGCUUGGCGUAUACCAGGGAAAUCACCCAUUUGAACAAUCAAUUGCUGGGUCGUCGAAAACGCGGUAUCACUUUUAAUGACAUGGUGAAGCUGAUGCCGAGGAUUCAGCUCUUGCACAUAACCCUCUCCUUCGAGCGUAAAAUCAAUAUCCCCGAAUCAACAACGCUAGAGUCACUGCGGUAUCUACACAUCGAGGGUCCUGAUAUUAUCGGAGGAAGGGCAGAACCUUGCAACCUGGAAUUUGCCGACCUGUUCCAGCAGGCGCCCAAGAUCGACACGCUGAUCAUCCAAGCUGGUAUAUUGUCCUGGUCGUCAAGAUCAACGGGACUUGGGAAUGUCAAAUGUCUCAAAAUGGUCAACACCUUUGUUAGCCAGAGGGAUCUCAGCUUUCUUGUUGAUUCAUGCCCACGGCUUGAGUCGUUCAUAUUCUUUAACUCAAAAGCUCCAUCCCCACUGCCGUAUUUGGGUGCAGAUCGCGUGAUACUCGAGACACUGCCGCAAGUUCUUUCUUUACGCCAGAACACACUACGCUACCUCGAAGUUUACUGGGGGCCUUAUCCUUCUGGAACGAGCAUCAUGAGCUCGCUCAAAGACUUGACCAACCUUGAAACAUUUAUCUUCGGCGGUCAAGACUUCCCCUUCAAAGAUGAUAAGAAGAGAAUCCCACUCAGAUCAUGUCUUGUUGAUCUGCUUCCACCAUCAAUCCACAGCGUCACUAUCGAAUCAAAAUACCAAAACCUUUACGAGCCUAUGUGCGCACUGGCCGAGGCUACAAGAAACGGGUCAUUUCCGAAUCUGAAAGAGGUCCGACAGUAUAAUUUCGGCAUGAAGCUGGGUUUCACGCUCGCAAUCAUGCAGACAUUAGGCAAUGGUCCGUUUCGACUAGACAAUGAUCCAUAUCGAGACCUGGAGGGGCUUCGACGGCGAAACUUCGACGGAAAGGGAACUUCUUGCAUGGCAGGCUGUUAAAGCUAAGCAGACGAUGCAAUGUGUCAUUCUGUGUAUACGAGAAGGAACUUUUUGUACGUGACACUUUAGUGUAGAGGUGCUGUACUAGUUCAUUCGAGUUUAUGGAUAGAUAGCGG